UGGUUUUACCUUGUUAUGUUUUUAUCACACUUCCAUUUGAGCAAGCGAAGAAGGUGGUUGGUUGAUCUCUGCGCUGCGGUUUCAGUGUAAUUGUGCUGAGUUUAAUUAUCAGUUUUUGAAUAAUUAGUUUUGUGCCGAGUUUAAUUGCAAGUUUGAUUUUUGUUCUGGAUUGCGGAUUCCUGGUGACCACUGCGGAAUCUUUUGGAGUUUUUGUGGAAUUGCUGGGGGCUUUGCCCAACGUGGAAAAUUUUCUCGCGCGAGUCCAAAACAUCUGAAAAGUUGGUUUACAUAAGUAUCUAUUGGAAUGCUUUGUCUACAGUCAAAUGAUAAAUAGUGUUAGUCAGUAAGCCAAAGUGCAGUCAGAUUUAGCCAGAUACCCUUAAUCGAAUGAGAAAUCAAUAAGCUGAGCUGAAAUACAUAAGGGCAAGAAAUAUAAAAUAAGAAGAAAAAAUCCUGUUAAAUCUACCAUAACGCCAGAGAAGCAGGCAAUAAUAUAAACAUGAGCGAUACACAUUCGAACAAGAAAAAAUACUAACACACACUUGACACAACCGAAGAAGCCCGUUGAAAUUUCUGAUCUCGCUAUUAUGUUUAGUUCAUAAGAAAUUGCGCUCUAACUGCUUAUUGGAGAAAUAGAGUUCAAAAACCUAUACUGCUUAAAAACGAUCGUAGAAUUUGAAAAAGCAAUUGCGCGAUGAUAAUAGUAUAAGCAACGCCAAUCACACAAGAAAGCUGUGUACAUCAUAUCCCUCCAAUAUAAACGCACAUUUUUACAAUCAAACAACAGCAACGAUUACAUCAAGGAAUUUACAAAAAUCGUCUGGUAUUGACCACACCACCACCACCUACUGCUAUAAAAGACAUACGCUUUUCAGAUUAUAUAAAAAAACAGCCGAGGAAAGCAGCAUCUGCAGUUAGUUAAACUUAUAAACAAUUUUCUAGCGCGGAGUGAUAAUAGAAAACCAAAAUUUUCCUGCACAAUACACUGCGGCGUAUAUAACGCGCAAAGAUAUCUACUUUGGACAGCUAUUUGUACAUUCGAAUCGCAUUGGAUUACUAAUCUUACCUAAUUUAAAUGGAACUAUUUCCUUGUCCAGCCCCUGCAGUAUAAAAACAUAUUUACACCAAAGAACUAUCUGUUUUAUCAAGUGCUGCUCGAUACCAAGCUUAGGUAAUCGCUUUUAUCUCGAGAGUAAAAACAUGACAUGGCUAUAAUGAAACACAUUUCUCAACAUCAUUUAGUGUGGAAACACAUUUACCUUCUUUAACGGGCCAGCGCCUACUAGAAGAUAUUCAUGAUUUGUAGGAGGCGUAUCAGAAACUGCACUUAACUCCUCUAAACACUGAAAGCGAGGAGAUAAGAUUGUCUCUUCAAUUUAAAUUAAAAGCUUAUUUAACCAGCCUUUAGACCGUUAUGAAUUAUUAGCAAUGCCAAUACCGCAACACAAGACAUCGCACAAAGUUAUAAAUGAGCGUGCCUGUGCGAAAUUCGAAACUCUCUGUAUAUGUGCUGCACCCAUAACUAGUAUUAAUGAAAAUGGUGAAAAAUUAUACCGUUCCAGUGAUGAUAAGUAUGUCAAAAAUAUCUCUAAAGACACGGAAUCAUCAGAAACCGAAAGCAAAUUUUUAGACGAGAAUACAUCGAAUGAGAGGCAACAAAACCUGACUUCUAUCAAUGUGAAGUCUGGUUGCGUUAACACAUCUUAUCUCGCAUCAGAUCGUGACCCUAAUAAUAAAAUCGUGGAAAUACAAACUUCGAAAAACACAUCUACGAAGGCAGCACAUAAAAUAAAAAGCGAAGAAACCAACAUUCAAGCUCAGCUAGGCUCAAGCACAAAUAUUUUAUCUUUAAGAUUAGCAUCGUCAUUGCCAAUCAAGAUUAUAAGUGGUAAUAGUGAUGAUAGUUUGCUAUUAAAAUCAAAGAAUCAAGAGUCUGCAGAACUAAAGAACAAUAAUUGCAUCAAUAGUAAUAAUUCGCGUACUUGUUUAAGUCUAAUUUCUAAUAACAACUUCACAACUCACAGUACUACUAACGGCAAUACAAUGGUUGGUGCACAAAAGAAAACUCAGCAACUGUCGUCUGCACAAACGCUUGAUGGUGUGCAGAAUGCAAGCAACCAUAAUUUUACGAUUGGCCAUGAUAGACAACAUGCGUUACUAGUUGAUGCCCCUGCGGCCGCGAUUCAAGGUACCACCAAAAGCAUUACGAAUCAAAGUGGCUUUAAAACUGCUGAUAAUCAUGUUCUCGAAUAUUCAACAGCGAAAAUGUCCGACAAUUUCAGCGGCGAUGUUAUCCCAAAUAACUCUCGGUCAAAAGAAGCUUGUACUUUUACAGAUGAUGCUGUUGUAAAGAUAAAAAGGGAUAACUUUGAUCUCAUAACUACUAUCAAAACUAAGAACCUGCCACAGAAUCAAUUUCUACGGAACUAUGACAUAAACAGUGAAAGUAGCCACUCAACUUCACUCGCUAUACAACAAGAAUUUAAAACGGAUUCGGAUAGUAGCGACAAUGCACUUCGCGUUCCCAUACCGUUAACAGCUAAUCUGAAUAUUUUGCAGCUGCAACAACAAACAGAUAAUAUCCCCAGACAUUUGGAUGAACAUCAGUUAACCAAUUAUACUAGUAAUGACUCAGGCACCCAAGAGAUCAAUGAACUGGAAAAGGGUUACACAUCAAAGUCACUUACAGCUUUGUCGUUGGCAAGGAUUAUCUCAACAGCUACAUCGCCAUCUUCUGCAAUGCCUACACCUAUAUCCUGUGCGCGCCCAGAUUGUAACAUACCCUUUAGUAUCACAACAAUAGCUACAACUUCUGCAGAAAGCAUUGUUUCAACGUUAAACCCGGGAACAACUACAAAGGAAAGCCAGUUGCACCAACCAUCGGAGGUAGCGGAAACAUUUUCAUUCCAUGAGCAAAUUAUUAUGUCAGGACAGCAAAAGUGUGCCUUGCAAGCGAAACCCAAACCUUUGGUUGUAUCCCCGCAACAAGUAAUGGUAUUAUAUAUGCAUAAAUUGACACCAUAUGAGCGCACAGAAAUACUAGCAUACCCGCAAAUAUAUUUCAUUGGUGCUAAUGCUAAGAAACGACCCGGUAUAUUCGGUCCAAAUAAUUCCGAUUAUGAUAACGAUCAAGGUGCAUACAUACAUAUACCACACGAUCACGUGGCCUAUCGCUAUGAAAUGCUUAAGGUGAUAGGUAAGGGCAGCUUUGGACAAGUUAUCAAGGCUUACGAUCACAAGACACAUGAACAUGUCGCGCUGAAGAUGGUAAGGAAUGAGAAGCGUUUUCAUCGACAAGCACAAGAAGAAAUACGCAUUCUGCACCAUUUGCGGCGACAAGACAAAUAUAAUACAAUGAAUAUAAUUCAUAUGUUUGAUUAUUUCACAUUUCGCAAUCAUAUGUGUAUUACUUUUGAAUUACUCAAUAUAAAUUUAUACGAGUUAAUAAAAAAGAAUGGCUUUAAAGGAUUCAGCCUUCAACUUGUAAGAAAAUUCGCUCACUCACUGCUGCAAUGCUUGGAUGCGUUAUAUAAGAAUGAGAUUAUUCACUGCGAUAUGAAACCAGAAAAUGUUUUACUGAAACAGCAGGGCCGUUCUGGUAUAAAGGUGAUCGACUUUGGUUCAUCGUGCUAUGAAAGUCAACGUGUCUACACCUAUAUCCAGUCGCGUUUCUACCGCGCACCUGAAGUUAUACUUGGAUCUAAAUACGGACGUGCGAUCGAUAUGUGGUCAUUGGGUUGCAUCUUAGCUGAAUUGCUUUCUGGCCAUGCUCUAUUCCCUGGAGAAAACGAAAGUGAUCAAUUGGCAUGCAUAAUAGAAGUGCUAGGAAUGCCUAACAAAAACUUGCUAACCAAUGCUAAACGCGCCAAAGCUUUUUUUAAUCCAAAGGGUUUUCCAAGGUACUGCACUGUACGCACUAUGACCGAUGGUACAGUCGUAUUAAUAGGUGGCCAAUCGCGUAGAGGAAAGCCACGUGGACCACCAUGCUCCAAAAGUCUGUCAAAAGCUUUAGAUGGUUGCAAAGAUGCGUUGUUCUUAAAUUUCAUUAGAGGUUGUCUGGAAUGGGAUGCAGAAAAACGAUUGACGCCUGCAGAAGCGCUUAAGCAUCCUUGGUUGCGGCGCCGCCUUCCGAGGCCACCAAACUGCGCAAAUUGUCCUAGCGAAAGAGAGAACAUGGGCAGCAACGGUGGCAGUAAUAGUAAGAGUGCUACCGGCGAUCGCACACCAAUAAUUGAGAAAAAUCAAAAAAGGAGCGGAUUCGGUACUAAUAUCAUUGGAUCUUCAUUAUCAACAACUUCAACAUCGAAAGAUUCCAUUGGUGGCGGUGUUGGCUUUAAUACUGCCUUAAUAUCAUAUAACGGCGAGGUAGUGCCCUCCAUUUCAGUAUCAUCAAAUAGCUUGGUACAAAAUACGAUUGAAUCCACAUCCGCAUUUGAUAAUAUCAUUGCCGCUGCCGGCAAUGGUAGUAGCGGCAGCCAGCGUAUCAGUAGUUGUAGUAAUAGGAGUAGCUGUAAAUCCAAUAGCAUUAACAAGUCAAACACUAGCGAUUUAUCUGCCGUUAGUGAAAAUGCCGUUACAUUAUCGCCAAUAAAAUGCCAGCUCUCGCAUUUUACAUCAUCCUCAUGUCUAUUAUCCAACGUAUCAAACCAAUGCGGAUGCAUAUGUCAGAUUGCAGGAACUAUGCAAAAUUUCAAUGCUAUUCAGUGUCCCAAAAUUAAUACUUCAAAUUCAGGAUCAUCGCCGCCAUCAGUUACCGCUAUGUCGCUUUCGCCAGCAAGCGUGGUUAACAUUUCCUUACAAAAUAACUCUUCCAAGUUAUCAAUAGAUUUAAUAGGUUCAGCAAAUUACGUCCUAACCACUGCUGGGUCUACACUAAUUGAUACUAACAAAAAAGUUAAUUUAUAUAACGCCAGUUCCAUCCGCAAAGUAAACUCUGCUAAUACAGGUAACUAUGGCGCAUACCUGGAAACAGAAUAUUACACUGGAAGUAAUCAAUCGAGACCAAGUUCGCUAUCCGAUAUAAUUUCUGCGGAUAAAAUAAUAGCAGUUGUAAAUGAAACAUCGUUAAAACUAGCAUCAUGCAGUAAACCUUUGUAACAAAAAAAUUUAUGCAAAAUAAAAAGGAAGCAAUGUACUUGAAAAUUUAGACCCCUAUGCUGUAAUUCUUCGUAUGUUCGAUUUUGCUAAGAAUCGGUAUGCUGUACUCCGCUUUUUUGUAUCGUGAUUUCGAGAAUGGUAGACCACUUUCGUAAUUCGUAAUGUUGGUAUGCCAGAAUCUGACGUAGCUGUAAAUUUGUAGUAUUUUGCGAAAAUUUUGUAAGAGCAAACGGUGAACGAGUUUUGCAAAAAUAAUAAAAUAACCUGUAUAGGGCACGAAUAACUAAAACUAUGUAAUUUAAAUAAUGCAUAAAAAGCGCCCGACCUCACAUUAUGAUAUUUUCCAAUACCAUGUUGAUAACUUCCUUCAGCCAAGAGACGCAAAACUGCCAUUGAGAAGCCACUGACGGAAGAUUUUACACUUAGCCCAAGGUCUUCCACACCACUUAAAAUGCUUUUGUAUGCUCUCGUUGAGGAUAAAUUUUAUCAGAAAUAAUUAAACAUUUAAACCUUUGUGGAAGUACAUUAGUAUACAUAUCAGUUCAUUGAACCACACAACUCAAAUUCAUACAUAGAAACUAAUAUUACAUUUACAUUGAGCCCAAAUGCGUCAUUUGGGCGAGAAACCUCAAAUGCGAGGCCAAAUCACGCAUUUUGGUCCAAUGUAAAUGUAAUAUAAAGUAGCUAACAAUCCCCCUUCCACAUUCAAGCAAUUGUUGCCCAAAGCAUUUGCAGCGACAACAGAAUCCAUUUUAUUUUAAUUAAAUAAAAAAAUUUCCUAGCAAAUGGUUAAUAAAUGCUGAUUUUAAAUUUCGGUCUUCACUUGCAAUCAUAUUUGUUUAUUUAUUUUUGUCAAAAUAGUCGAUUAAGAACUCCGAAUUUCUUAAUUUUGGUUGAUAACGCGGUGGAUAGUUACGAAUCGAUUACAGUAUACCAUUUUUUAUAUUUUGCGGAGCGAAGCUACAAUUUCUUAACUACGAAAAUUCGAACUAACAAGAUCACGCAAUCAAAAGAGAAAAAAAGUAAAUUUGUGAGCGUUUUUGACAUCUGCCAAAGAAUGAAAAAAAAUAAAGAAAACAAAAAAGUGCUGUUAUUUGAGUGCGGUUAUAUUGGUAUUUCUUAUAAAAUAUAAUAGGUAAAACGAUGAAAAUUUGAAAGUGUUUAUAAAUUGUGGGUUUCAUUAUACCAAGUGACUUAAAAUCGCGGCUUGAAUUUCCAAUAGCAACGUUCUGACGACAAAAGUGCAACCACUUUUCACGCAAAUUUACGCCUCUUGGGAGAUUAAACAAGCGCACAAACUGGUUCCAAUCACAAAGAGCUUUAUUUUAUUAUUUAUUUAAAAUUAAUCGCUAGAGAAACAACUCAAAUCGUUAAAAAAAAUCUCCACGAAGAGAUAGAAGGUAAUGUAAAAAUGACAUACGGCAAAAACGGUAGGAAAUUUUUUUUCUGAAAUUCGAUUACAAAUACAACGAUGGCCGAUUGCGUGAUCUCUAGUUUUUGGUUCAUGAUUACUGCAUAGGGGUGUUAUAUCUACAGUAAUAAUUACGAAAAUUUAAAUAACUCAUGAUAUUUUAAAUUUAUGUUUAUAUGCUUAGAAAUAUAAAAGUGUUUGAGAAUAAGACUAAA